AGGCAGACCUUCUCAAAAAUCAAAACCCUACAACGAACCCAACGGCCCACUGGUACAUCCACCUAGCGUCGCCGUUCCAGAAUUCCCCCAUCCUAUCUCUCUCUCUCUCUCUCCAAUGUCUCCUCCUUCACUCCUCCACUCCUCCCCUUUCCCUCUCCACCCUAACCCCACCCCCACCCUCCACUCCCCCAGAUCCACCCUCCCUUUCCUCCCCAUCAAAUCCUCCACCUCACCCGACCCCAUCCCAACACCACUUAAAGCAUCCGCCUCACCCGAUCCCUCCUCACCUCCCCUCAAGCACCGCCGCCCCGCCGACGUCAAUAUCCGCGACGAAGCCCGCCGCCACAGCUCCACCCACAACCUCCAAGGUUUCUCCGCCAAGUACGUCCCCUUCAACACCUCCCCUGCACCCUCCACCGAAUCCUACUCCCUCGACGAGAUCGUCUACCGCAGCCGAUCCGGCGGCCUCCUGGACGUCCAGCACGACAUGGACGCCCUGAAACGGUACGAUGGGGAGUACUGGAAGAACCUGUUCGACUCGCGCGUGGGGAAGACCACGUGGCCGUACGGGUCCGGGGUGUGGUCGAAGAAGGAGUGGGUUUUGCCGGAGAUUGAUGGCGAUGAUAUCAUCAGCGCGUUUGAGGGGAAUUCCAACUUGUUUUGGGCGGAGCGGUUUGGGAAGCAGUUUCUGGGGAUGAAUGAUUUGUGGGUCAAGCACUGUGGGAUUAGCCAUACGGGGAGUUUUAAAGAUCUGGGCAUGACUGUGUUGGUAUCUCAGGUGAAUCGUUUGAGGAAAAUGAAUCGUCCUGUUGUUGGAGUCGGUUGUGCAUCCACCGGAGACACCUCAGCGGCGCUUUCCGCCUACUGUGCUUCUGCUGGGAUCCCGUCGAUUGUUUUUCUUCCUGCGAAUAGGAUUUCAAUUGCGCAGUUGGUGCAACCGAUUGCGAAUGGGGCUUUUGUUUUGAGCAUUGAUACAGACUUUGAUGGGUGCAUGCAGUUGAUUAGGGAAGUUACAGCUGAAUUGCCAAUUUACUUGGCAAAUUCUUUAAACAGUUUGAGGCUUGAAGGUCAGAAAACGGCUGCGAUUGAGAUUUUGCAGCAGUUUGAUUGGGAAGUUCCUGAUUGGGUGAUUGUUCCUGGUGGAAACCUUGGGAAUAUAUAUGCUUUCUACAAAGGUUUUCACAUGUGCAGGGAAUUAGGUCUGGUUGAUAGGAUUCCGCGUCUUGUUUGCGCCCAAGCUGCGAAUGCCAAUCCACUCUAUCUCCAUUACAAGUCUGGUUGGAAGGAUUUCAAAGCCGUCAAGGCUAAUACUACUUUUGCAUCUGCCAUACAGAUUGGCGAUCCAGUUUCUAUAGACAGAGCUGUUUUUGCUUUAAAGAAUUCAAAUGGAAUUGUUGAGGAAGCCACAGAAGAAGAAUUGAUGGAUGCCAUGGCUCAAGCAGAUUCAACUGGCAUGUUUAUAUGCCCCCAUACUGGGGUUGCACUGACGGCAUUAUUUAAGCUUAGGAAUAGUGGGGUUAUUGGCCCCACAGAUCGGACUGUGGUGGUGAGCACGGCUCAUGGAUUGAAGUUUACACAGUCUAAGAUUGAUUACCAUUCGAAGGAGAUAUCAGACAUGGCUUGCCGGUAUGCUAAUCCACCAGUGCAAGUGAACGCAGAUUUCGGGUCUGUCAUGGAUGUUCUUAAAAAAUACUUGUUGAGCAAAGAUUCGAAGAUUUGAACUUCUUUUAGAGCAUUGUAAGGCUUGCUUCUUUUCCCUUGUUGGUUUUGCUCUAAAUGUUGUCAUAUCAUUUGCUUUUGUCAAGUUGACAUUCCUUUUGUAGGAUUAGCUUUGAGAGUUUACUGUUUUGUGGGCUAGAGGAUUAUUUGUAACUUGUAAGGCAGUUUUGCCAUUAGAAGUGGAUUUCAUUUUCCCUAGCGAUGGAUAAUAAAAGUUGGGGAUUGCUUUUGGUUGCAA